GGACGGCUGAGAAUGACAAUCCGCGUCGAAUGCGUCAAGUGAAUACAAUCCGUCGAUUGUUCUUUAAUCGAUGGCAGGUACAGCUUUCAGAUUGUGCUUUUCCGUAGAGACAGAAUAAAGUAAUAAGACAAGGCGGAUAGUUUUUGGCGGGUUUUUUAUUAGGAGCCAUAAAUUCUUUUUUUGUUUUUUUGUUUUCAUUUAAAUUACUAUAAUUAACCAUUACUAGUUAAAAAUAAAAGUUAAAAUUUAUAUCUUAUUUGAAAGUAAAUACACAGUUUAUUUAUUUUGUAUUUAUUUGCGUUUUAGAAUAAUUUAAUUUAUAUUUUAAUAAUUCUUACUAUAAAUUACUCCGUAGUACUGUACGUAUAAACCACCAAGGCUACCCAGCUAAAAAGGAAAAAGAGAGAGCAGAGGGAGAGAGUGAGUGAAUUCGAAGAUGUCGAAACUGGGUCUGUUGUUGCAGAACGUCCGUUUUUUCUCCUGGACAGAGAUGGUGCUCUUGUCCGCCGGAGGUUACACGUAUCAUCACUUCCACAGCGAAUUGAAGGCUUUGAAGAUUCGUCAGCGAGAAGACUCAGAGAUUCUUAUGGGGUUGGGUUCUAAGGUCAUGAAGGAAGAAUUUGGUGACCCUGCAGCGAAAACCAAUGAAGCUGCAGUGAAAGCCAAUGAAGAAGCAGUGAAAGCCAAGGAAGUUGCAGUGAAAGUCAAUGAAGCUGCUGAGGUGCCAGACAAGAAGUGAUCUGAAUAGGAGAGGAGGAUGAACACUUAAUAAUUGUUUUAGUUUUACAGUUUGUGAUGCAUGCUAGCUCCAAACACUCUUAUGUUAUGUUACUCAAUUCCCUUUAGCAAUUGUUACUGACUGAAUUAGAAAACCUUUCUGAUAUAUAGAGAAAAAUAAAAGUUUGAA